UUUGGGUGAUAUUAUUCAAGUUAACUAUUAUUAUAAUAGGUGUUGUAGUCUUUUCUUGUAUAGACCGUCCAUUGCCAAACUCUUUCUUCUUCCUUCUUCUUUCUUUCACAUUUAAAAUCAUCAACUUGUUCUUCUCCAUUUUGUCCUGGAACUGAAACAAUAAAUGUUCGUUCCUCGUAUCUUCCUCUCUUCUCUUCUCUUCUGUGGCCUUUUUCCAUGUUGGUUUCUUUAAAUUCCAUGAAAUGUUCCUUCUUUUAACGUUUUAAGAGAGAAAAAGAAAAAGAAAAGAUGACGAGUUCUAUGGGACUUGGUUUCAUGGCUGCCUUUGCAGUUUCAGGGAGCGUAGUUCUCAUUGCUCGUCAAGUCCACAAACGUCUAGUCUCCGAUUUCAUGAAGAAGAUUGAAUUUGAAUUAGUGGGGUCUAGGAGAUGCCAGGCCAAGAAGAGGGUUCGAUUUGCAGAAGAUGUGAUAGAGCCAUCAUCAAACAACAAACAAUAUCGUGACAGGCACUUGGCGAGGACAACAGAAGGAAGGCAGAUGUCGAACAGGAGUUGUAGUACAAAAGUCAUGGAGGCCAUGCCUGUAAAUAGGCAAAUUCUGUAUAAAGGGAUCCUGGAGUACAGAACCCAUAAAGGAUGUAACAUAUCAGCCUGAUUUUGAUCCACAGAACUCGAUCAGGGGUUGGUUUCUACUUGUAAAAAUCUUGUUUCUUUUUUCUCAUGUACUAGAAAUUCCAUAGAAGCAGGUUCUCAUUCCAAUGGGAAUUGCAGAUUCUAGGAAUUCAUUGUAUAUAGUUUUUCUUUUCCUUUUGGGCGUGGGCGUGAUGACUUGAUGCAAGUUGACCAAAUUUUGAUAA